AUGCGAUAUGUUCUGUAUGUGACAGCAGCUCUCGCACUGGGAGCUCAGGCGCUGCUCCCAGAAGCGCCGGACUCCAGCGUGCUACAGGCACUUCGCAACCAGGGUGUGAAGACUGAAGAGCUCCCAGUCGCAGAGCUGCUCUCACGAUCACCAAACUCGGGUUGUGCUGCUGCUGUUGGUCACCCUUUCCUACUCUUCGCGUACGCACUGACCUUCCAGUGCGCAUCACUGCAUACUCUGUACCGGUCAGACAGUCUCCAGGACAAUGUCACCGCCUGCACCGAGUUCAGUAAUGGAUACUGGUCGACCCAGCAAGCGGAAGCCGACCCAUACUGUAUCUUCAAAGCACCCCAUUCCGCCUCAAUUUCAACCGCAAUUCUUCUCGCCCGCCUGUACCGCUGUCCAUUCGCCGUCAAGUCAGGGGGCCACGCCGCAUUCCCGGGCGCAUCCAAUAUCAACAACGGCAUCACGAUCUCAUUAGAGCGACUCAACACCCUCCAAAUCGCCCCAGACAGAAAGACAGUCGCCGUCGGCGCUGGCAUGCGAUGGGGCUCCGUCUACUCAACCCUCGAGCCAUCAAACCUAGCCGUCAUAGGCGGCCGAGUCUCCUCCAUCGGCGUGGGCGGCCUCACUCUCGGCGGCGGCAUCUCCUUCCUCUCCAACCUUCACGGCUGGGCAUGCGACAACGUCGUCUCCUACGAAAUCAUCCUCGCCUCCGGCAUAUCCACCACAGCCUCCGCAACCAAGAACCCCGACCUCUACUGGGCCCUCCGCGGCGGCGGCAACAACUUCGGAAUCGUCACCAAGUUCCACUACGAAGCCCACUCCCUUCCCGGCCACAACAUGUGGGGCGGCUCCCGCCUGUACACCGAAGCGGCCUUCCCCCAACUAACCAACGCCUUCCACAACGUCAUCACAAACUCCUACACCGACCCCAAAGCCGGCACCUGGAUCGCGUGGAUCUACAUGAACAACACGAAAAUGGCAUCUACCGAGCUCUGGUACGCCGGUCCCGAAGGCGACUCUGCCCCAAUUUGGAAGGAAUACAACUCCCUCACACCACCCCCAAUCUCAGACACAACCUCACCCCUCAAACUCGCCAACUACACGCGCAUCCUCGACGCAGCGAACCCCUACGGCCUGCGCGAGACGUUUUAUGGCAUCACAUUCAAACUCUCGCUUGAAAUGCUGCAUAUCACACGAGACAUCUUCUUCAACGAAGUCCGCUCUGUCGCGAAUGUGACGGGCGUAGCGCCGAUCAUGCUGUUCCAGGGCAUCACUUCAGAACAGGUGAACCACAUGGCGAAACGCGGCGGGAACCCGUUGGGGGUGGGGGAGCCCUUGUAUUUGGUGCAUUUGAGUCCGUGGUGGGAGUUGGCUGAAGAUGAUGGGAGGAUGUAUGCUAUGAUUUCGCGGUUGUUGGAGCGGGUCAAGGCGGAGGCGAAGAAGAGAGGGCCCGAUAGUGAUUAUUUGUAUAUGAAUUAUGCGGGGCUGUAUCAGGAUGUGAUUCGGGGGUAUGGGCGGGAGAAUCAGAGGAAGUUGGUGCAGAUCGCGAAGAAGUAUGAUCCGCAAGGUGUGUUUCAGAAGUUGCAGCCGGGAUACUUCAAGUUGGAGGAUGGGGCUCCGGUCAAGGAUGGGCGGUACUUUUCUGGGUGA